CGGGGGGAACACAUCAUCGCGCGCCGGUCCUGUCAAGUGCAAGUAUGUAGAAUGUAGGUGACUGGGUUCGGCGGGUGGAUUGCUGGGCUGCCUGAAGCUCUCGUUAGCUCUGACGGAAUGGUAGUAGCCGCAGCCCUCAAUUCAUAGCUCUGUUUUUCAGCCGGGCACACAUAAGUACAGUCUGUGUCCAGCCCUCGUCAGGCUGGUAGUCUGUAUCCUGUGCACUGAUUCCCAUUCAUCCAUAAUGCAGUUCCUCGGCCACCUGCUGACAUCACUCGUUUUCGUGGGCGUCGUCUCGGCGGUUCCGGCUUCUGGCCAUGGGGGCAGCAGCGGGUUGCCAGUUGUCGAUUUGGGAUAUGUCAAGCACCAAGCAGCCGAGUACAACGAGACCGCUGGAGUCUACGUCUACAGGAAUAUCCGGUUUGCGGCACCGCCGGUUGGGAAGCUGAGACUGAAGAAGCCUCAACCACCGUUGAGGGAGAGUGGGAUACAGAAUGGUACUUACGGAAGGAGUACAUCCUGUGCUCAGACCAAUGGAACUGCUCUUCUGGGAGAUGAGGAUUGUCUGUUUCUGGAUAUCUACGUCCCGAAGGAGAGCUACUCGAAGAGAGGGAAAAAAAUUCCCGUACUCGCCUGGUGGUUCGAUGGCGGCUACGUCGUUGGCAGCAAAGAGGCCCCCGGAGCUCCAUGGGGACUCUACGAGGCAGCAAAGGAGCCCUUCAUCUUUGUCACCGCGAACUACCGACUCGGAGCCCUCGGAUUCAUCGCUCCGCCGGACCCAGAUGUGGAUACCAACAUUGGACUCCACGACACCCGUAUGGCUAUGGAGUGGAUCGGAAAGCACAUUUCCAAGUUCGGCGCCGACACAGAGAAGAUGACGGCCAUCGGACUGAGUGCGGGUGCUGGUGUUAUCAUGCACGCAAUUGUGUCGUACGGAGGGAAGGGUCCGAAGUUGCCGUUUCAGCAGGCGAUACUUCAGUCUCCCGGGUGGGUACCGGAAGCCGAUCCGGCCGGCCGCAUUCCGCUGUGGGAAGCCUUCAAGGCGAACACGGGGUGUGCUAACGCUACUUGUAUCCGUUCGCUGCCGUCGAUGGUGGUGCAAGCAGCGAAUGCGUUGACCAUUGGACAGUGGAUGUCGGGAGCGCUUGGCUCCACUUCGGGGCUGUAUCCAGUGGUGGAUGGAGAUUACAUUCCCGACUUCCCGGUGAAGCUCCUCGCCGAGGAUAAAUUCCACAAGGAAAUCAAGAGCAUCAUAUCCUCGAGCUCCCGACACGAGGGGGGUCUUUAUGUGCCUACCAACAUCACCAACGCCCAAUUCCCUACCUUUAUCGGCAUGCAGUACUCCCCCAACGCUACCAUCAUCGGUAUGAUUGCGGAGGCCUACCCGAGCGACGGUAGCAUCACCGGAGCCUACCGUCGCGCCGUCGAGGCCGUCGGCGACCUCAUCUUCAACUGCAACGGUUACUGGUUGGCACGCGCCUUCUCCGCCGAGGAAGAAGCCGGCCAUAGCUCCCGUCGGUACAUGUUCAACAUUGGCCCAGCAAUCCACGGCUCGGAUCUACCCUACACGUGGAAUCAGGGCGGCGUGUAUACGGUAGAAAACGCAACGCUGGCCAGAAUGCACCAGGAGUUGAUUGUGGACUACACGCUGCACGGAGACUGCGCGCUCGAUGGGUGGCCGGAGUGGAGCGAGGAUGUGGCUAAGGCUAUGUGGUUGAAUGGAACCGGACUGGGCGUCGAUAAGGAUUAUUAUGCGUGGGCAGUCAAUGUGGAUCGGUGCGAGUUCUUGAAGGAUGAGAUUAUUGGGAAGGGUUAAGGGACGGGACGAUUUGGGGGGUUUUUGGUUAAGCAAGUUAUGUAGGCGAUACUCGGCGGCGAUUCGAGAUUGCUGGUUUGGUGGCUUUCUGACAUUUUAGCACAUCUUACGAUACCUAAUGUUGAUCUUUUCUCGCGUACCUGCAUUUGUUUGUCUGUCUGUCUGCCUGUUAUCAUGAGUUGAGAAAAAUUCAAAGUUAUGAAC